GGCUCGCCCUGCAGGAGCAGUCGCGAGCUGCGAGCUGAGGGGAGAGAGCUGCGCGGAGCUUCCUGGAUGGGCUCAGAGCGCUGAGCCACAGCGCCCGCACGGAGACGGGCCUGACGUGACGGGAGGACGCCGGGGGCAGCUGCGAUGUUUUUAUCCUGUCAUCCGCCUCAGCCUCUGUGAGGAAAAUACCGCGUCCGAGCGAGCCGCUGCGGGAUCUUCAGCUGCUACCAGCUGGUCACGGCGGAGACGGACUCUUCAACAACUGAUGUGUCUCUAACAACACACUGCGGCUGCGGAUCUGGAACCAAGCUGCUCCCACACCUUAGGCAAAGGAUCAUGACGACCGUAAAUCAUCUGCAUGGACAGACCUAGAAACAUCCGGACUCCUCUCCCCCUGCCUCACCCCACCAUGGCCAGCAGGAGUCCCACUAUUAACCUGGAAUCUAGGGAUUCGUCAUCGGUGGUUCUGGAUGCCCCUGCUGAUCCUCAGAGUGGUCAGGAUGUCUUCUGCAAGCUGUGCCUCAGCCUGCAGCCGCCUGCAGCCACCAGGGAACUGCAGAGCUGCAAGUGCAUGUUCUGCACAGCGUGCUUGCAGCAGUAUGUCCAGCUAGCCAUAAUGGAGGGUGGGGGGGCUCCGAUCACCUGUCCAGAUAUGGCUUGCCCUAAAAGUGGAGUGCUGCCAGACUCUGAGAUUGCCAGUUUGGCGGCUCCACAUCAGGCGGAGCUAUAUCAGCGUCUGAAGUUUGAGAGAGGAGUGAAGCUUGACCCUAGCAAAGCGUGGUGCCCGGUGCUUGAAUGCCAGGCGGUGUGCAGCGUACAGGCGAGCAGCGAGGGCCGACCUGCUGCCGUGGCCUGCCCCACCUGUCACACGGUCUUCUGCUCCAGCUGCAGAGCCUCCUGGCUGGACGGCCACACCUGCCAUGAGCGCCAGCCCAUGAUACCGCCCUCGCUGUUUGAUGAAAGCAGUGACGCGGACGUGUCCAUCAAGCAGUGCCCGAUGUGUGGCGUGUACAUCGAGAGGAACCAGGGCUGCGCGCAGAUGCUGUGUAAGAGCUGCAAGCACACUUUCUGCUGGUACUGUCUGCAGAACCUGGAUGGGGACAUCUUCCUGCGGCAUUAUGAUAAGGGCCCGUGCAGGAACAAGCUGGGACACUCCAGGGCCUCGGUUAUGUGGAACAGGACGCAGGUGGUGGGCAUCCUAGUGGGGGUCAGUAUCAUUGUGCUGGUGACUUCUCCACUCCUACUGCUGGCCUCGCCCUGCAUCUUGUGCUGCAUGUGCAAGCCCUGCAGCAGAAAGACGAAGAAGAAGAAGAGGAAGAAAGACCCCAGCCUUCAAGACCCCUCAUCAUCAUAGCAGCUUGAGCUCCCAUGUGCCUGUACCAGGAUAACUCUGCUGGCCUAACGAACACCAUAGAAAGUGCAAAGUGCUGGAAGAACUUUGGAAACAACGUUUUUUUUCCUCUCUCUCUCUCUCUCUCUCUAAAGACUGCAGGCUGCCUUGAUAAAUAAGUACAGACUAAUCUCAAAAUUCAGCCAGACAGCUGUCCAGAGAUCACUCUGUUUCAGUUGUGAAUACGUGGAAUGUGAGUCCCUCUCCUUUGCAGCGGUUACUUUCCGACGCGUAGCGGCCUAUACCCGGACGGCUGGGACUUGAAGGUUGUCCUGCACAGGGCUCUCUUUCUUCAACACUCCUCUGUACGCACACGCAUAUCCAGUUCAAAGUGCAAAGCCACCCUCAUGUGCCAAACAUCAUGAUGCCAAAACAGAGACGUUAAGGGCUCAAGUGCCUCUCUAUACAGUUCUGGGUGCUUGGUCCAUAUUUCCUUUGCCUUCCAUUCUACCUAUAUCUUAUGCAAAAAAAGCACUCUGAAAAUUGAAUACAGUCGAAAUCGCACAGGGCUGGAGACCUUUAGAUAAUGUAAAAUGUUCUUUAUUAAUGGGUAAAGGCAAAUGGGAUGACAUUUGCGCUUUAAAAUCUGUAUAGAGGUAAGACAUAGUGGGGCUUUAGUGGUGCCUCUUGAUCUGUAAAUGUCUGUUUCCACCUGGUUUAUGUUCCAGACCAAAGGCUGUAAUAUGAAACCUGUACUUUGCAAAAAAAAAGUCUUAAUUUAAUAUUUAUGAUUUUUCUGUCUAUUAUGUCAUUUCUACGUUUGUGUUGGACGUUUCAGCAUUUUCUAAAACACACCAUUACAAAUAAAACGCUAAAAGUGUAAAGGUUGCUUCGGAUGGUAUGUUCCUCAGUGCUUUCCUUCUAGGGUUUUUUUUAAUAUACAUUUUUUUGUAACAGAACAGAAGGGAAGAGAGACCAAAAACACAGCCACACUGUAUGUUAGAAAAGAAACGUGCUCUAAAUGUCCAAGCAUGGUCCAAAAUCUCCUCAAUGGCAGGCUUACUUCCUGGAUUGUUCUGUAUUGACUAAAUGGGACAAGAAAUCUGAUCAACUGGGACCAGAAUGUCCCAGUUAAAAGUCAUCUACACAGCAGGAUGCUGCCACCGAGGCUCAUGUGUUCUACUGUUUGUUUCCCGCCACACAUCCAUUUGCAUGUAUGUUAGAUGAAAUGGGGGUCUGCAUUGAUGUGUUGACAUAUUUAGAUUUUUUUCACCCAUUAAAUCUCUUCAUACACCUAACUUCAUAUUCUAUUUUCAUAUCCAUUCCAAUAUGGGAAUAUGUAUGGGAAUAUUCUUAUAAUUGCCUCAUAGAGACACCAUCAAAAGGAUUGUGCAUCUCAGAUCCUUUUUUAACCCCUUUCCUGUGCAUACCAUAAUAAGCUGAAAGUAGCAACAUGAUACUGAUCCAUUCUUUAUGCUGGGUGCCCCUCUUUUCCCAGUGUGUUGUCCAUGUGUUCAACAACUCGGACGUUUCCACUUAAUAUCUUGUUGGAAGAUAUUAAUGCAAAGUAGAGCCUAAUUCUGAAAUGAAAAGUGGUGACGCACAGCUUUUGAAAU